AAAGACUUAGAGGCGUUGCAUUCAAAACGACCGCCUGAAACCUGCCGCACUUCGAUUGACCAUCUGCAUCGAAGAGCACAUUCAUUCAAAGGGAGUGAAGGCUUGGUGGUUUGAAUACAUGUACCAUGAGCUCGAUGUUUACCGGCGGAAGAAAGGCAGACGCGGACGCUGCAGCAGAAGUAGCAAAAGACUCUGCACAAGCAUGGGUGGAAGGCCCGCAGUUCUCGUCUUCCAAUCGACUCCAUCUUGGGAUGAAGGCGUUGGAGGAAAACAUGCGUUGUAACAUUUGCCAAGAAUUGUUUCUGGUUCCAGUGUCGUUACCAUGCAGCCACACCUUUUGCAGCACAUGCGUUCAUGUACAUUUCAAGAAAUGCAUGAAAUCUGCCAAACGAAAAGCAGAUUGCCCAACUUGUCGUCGAGAAGUCUCGGAGAAUGAUGCAGUGGCCAAUUCACAGUUGGAGUUGGUGCUUCGGCAGUAUAGAGCCAUCCGCUCAGAUCUUAUGCAAGCUCUUGCAUUUCCCGCCAAUUCACAGGAAGGGAACGAUGUCGAUCAAGCAGACAGGGAAGAAGAUGAUGAGAGCAAACCAGACCGUGGAAGAGGUGGGCGCAAGAGGAAAACACGUUCUGAACCAGAGAGUGAUGCUGACACAAAGACUGAUGGCACUGCCUCUGGCUCCAAUGCUGUUUUGCAGAACAUUGAUGGCAAUCAGAAACUGAAGAAACGGGCCAAAACAAACUACCAUGGGCUCAAAAAGAAAAAAUUGCAGGAACUCUGCGGAGAUGAAGGGUUGCCCACCCAUGGCGAUAUCGCAGAACUGCGUGCUCGCCACGAACUCUUCAUUACCCUGUACAAUUCCGAAUGCGACUCUAUACAGCCCCGUAGCAAACGAGAUAUUGCAAACCAUGUCAGCAAGAAAGAACAAGCAGAAAAGGCUUCGAAGAAACAAGCAUCCAAAGCCCACAAGCCAAUGGAAGCGUUAAUAGCAAACCGAGUAAAACUGGGGAAAGCUAAAGGCGGCUGGGGCAAGACAGUUUCCAGUGGAGUGAAGGCAUUCGACGCAGAGAUGGAUGCGAAUUUUCUCUCUCUCAAAGUGAAACUCGAACAACGAUGUCCACGCUCCAAAAAGCCUUCUCGAGAUUGGAAAGGCGACGGCAGCAUCAUUGGAGCAUCCCCCAAUCCAGCAACCCCAUCAAGUGCGCUCAAUUCAAACAAGGAGAAUGAUUCGGUAUGCUCCAAUACAGAAGCCUCAACCCUACCUACGAAUGAUAGUAACACUCCACCAACAGACCCUUUCCAGUUGGGAUCCAACGCGCCAUCCACAAUUUCCCACCACUUGAGCCAGCAAUCGUAUUUCGUUCUGUCUCAGCCAUCAGCGGCCUUGGAACGAAUCGUUGUAAACUCCAAGUCGGGCGCAUGCGACUCGCCACAUGUUGCAGAUGCGAAGGAACCGGCAGCCGUCUCUUCCAAGUCGUCGGAUGUAAGUUCAUCUCCGCUGGAAGGCUCAACGAGACCCACCAUCGAAACAAACUCACAAGCUAAAGCAACAUCCGAACCCAACACUAUGCGCAACUCUUCCGACAAAGCAAAGCAACCAGCGGGUUCUUCCCGAACAGCAGCAGAAUCCAAUGCCGACGCAUCAGAUGAAACAACAAACGCACGCUCCGAACUGAACUUGGCCAAAGAAACUUCCAACGACUCAGGUUCAACCUCCACUGCGACUAACAGACCUCCAAGGGCGCCGAAGGCCGCCACAAUGCCAAAGCGUGGACCCAGCCAAAAGAACCAGACCAAAAUUCCAAGCGCUGCUUUCAAGCGAACUACAAAAACGCCAGCUGAGGCUCCAUCGGUGUCAGGUACUCGUCGCUCGGCUCGAUCUAUAGUCGGUCCUUGGGCGUGCCUAGCUUGCACGUACAUCAAUAAAGUACGAACAAAUUCAAGGGCGAAGUGUGAGAUCUGUAAUACCGAACGAAUGUGAGGAGGGUACAGGCCUCCCAUCGCAAGUGUGGUCGGCGGCAAUGAAAUGUUUGCACAAGAGAUGAUUGUGAUGCAUUAAUUAGUUUUUCUGUUUCGCAACUCAGAUUUGAUAAGUAUCAUAGUUAGUACCAAUGUGAAUCCCAGCAGCAGUACAAGAUAUACUAGUAGUUUGAAGUCGGCAGCCUGCCUCUGCACUUUCUAUUUGGAAUUUUUUGUACCAACCCGCC